AUGUCCCCGCAUCAGACUACUGGUCAGGAAUCCGACAACAUGGCCGUCAAUGAUGAGAGCGCACAAGCUUCUUCCCAGUAUCUACAAGUAGACAAUGAGGAUACUCCCGAUACCCUAGCAAACGAGAAGAAGGCUGCUGCUGCAAAGGCCAAAGAUCCUUCAAGGCCUAAGCGGAAAAAGGCAAAGCGAGCAUGCUACGCUUGCCAGAGAGGUCAUCUUACUUGUGGCGAUGAGAGGCCGUGUCAACGUUGUAUCAAGCGCGGAUUCCAAGAUGCCUGCCACGACGGCGUGCGUAAGAAGGCGAAAUAUCUACACGAUGCGCCGAACGAGGCAUUGAUGGCCGGAGUGGGAGCGAACCUCUACAACCAGAGAAACGCAACGCAAAACAACAUCAAUGGAGCAAACAACCCUUCCAGCGCUCCUCAGCAGAUGACAUCGCCCAAUUUUUAUACUGCGCAACAGUCACCCGAUUACAAUGGUUAUUCGCAGGCGAAGACUGAAUUGCAGGACAAUACAGUAGGACCAGAAAACUUCGCUUCACAAUCCCCCGUGUCGCCCACAUACCCAAUGGCCCAAUCCGUGCCAAAUCAGGCUCUUUCUCCAUCCCUCCCUCAAUCCGCGAGCGAAACACCGUCAGCGGCGAACCCGGCUCCAAGCCAAUUCAAUUCGGCAUUCUUCGACCCCAGCGAUCCUGCGCUGUUCAACUUUGACCUUGCCAGCAUGAAUUUUGGAAACCACUAUGGUGCCUUGGAAUUUGGAAUGCUUGGGCAUAUGGCGACAGGGGUAGGUGACACACCACCCAGCGAUAACGGAACCCAACGUGGGUCAAUUGGUCAGAACAAUUCCGGGACAUUCGGGCUCGCUGGGUCCAACUUUUCUGAAAGCCCCAGCACCCAGGGCCCUUAUUUGUUCGGCGAUUCUGGUAUGAAUGACUGGACUCAGACUGCACCUGUCAAUAGAAGGAAUAUGUAUGGUUCAAAUGCAAAUAUGGUGGCUGGUAACAUGUCAGACAAACCGCAUGCGUUUGCUAUCGAGAGUGCGCCGGCCAAUCUCGCCAGUCCCGCGUCCAACGAAAGCCCCAUGAUGACUACUACUUCGGCAACCUUCGAUGACACCACCAAUGCUGCGGCGUUCAACGCUCGACAGAACGCACCCUUACCUCAGCAGCAGCAGAGGCAACAACCGGUGGUAUCUACUCCUCAACUUAAGCAGCAAAAUUUAAAUCUCGGCAGUAAGCGAAGACAUAAAAAUGCGUCAUCUAUUUAUGACAGCGUCAAGGAUCCAUAUUCUUACACAAGUGGUUUCCACUCCUUGACCGCAUUCAUUCAGCGUCGUUUCUCGCCACAGAAGACACUGCGAAUUGCCAAAGCAUUGGCAUCAAUCCGACCAUCGUUUAUCGCUACGACCAAGACCCUCAACAGAGAUGACUUGAUAUUCAUGGAGAAAUGUUUCCAGCGCACUCUCUGGGAGUACGAAGACUUUAUUAAUGCUUGUGGCACACCUACCAUUGUGUGUCGACGGACAGGUGAAAUCGCCGCUGUUGGCAAAGAGUUCAGCAUCCUCACCGGCUGGAGGAAAGAAGUUCUUUUAGGAAAGGAACCAAACCAUAACGUCAACACUGGCGGCUCGUCUGGCCUACUAACCGGCUCGACAUCACGAGGAAGUUAUACACCUCGGCCUUACUCUGCUGACUUAUACAACUCCAACUCACCAGCUGCCCCGCGAACGCAACCAGUCUUCCUGGCUGAACUCCUAGACGACGAGAGUGUCAUCGAAUUCUACGAGGACUUCGCUAAGCUGGCUUUUGGCGACUCCCGCGGUAGCGUGAUGACUACAUGUAAGCUGCUCAAGUACAAAACAAAAGCAGACACCGAUAUUAUCACCGGCAGUAAUGGUGAUAUUGACGCCGGGCAAAACGGUGACGUUGGUAAUGGCGAGGCAAACAAUGCCAACGGCAAUAGCAAUGGAGUCGCAUCUAACGGCCAACAUCGAGGCCAGCAGCGACGAUGGGGUAAAGGCGAAAUCGCUGGUGAAGCCGGUAUGAACCAGCUCGGGUUCCGCGACGGGAAGGUCGAGUGCAGCUAUUGUUGGACGGUUAAACGGGAUGUCUUUGACAUCCCCAUGCUUAUCGUCAUGAAUUUCUUGCCUUGCAUAUGA